ACCGUAACUUUUCCAUCGUAUUUCCGCGAUGGCGGCGCACUUGGCUGAGCUCGUUCGAAGAAUAGGCUUGGACUUGUUGAGCUGAUCGCAACAAUCUUCGGAUAAUACAAAUCCGGCAGGAUGCUGGAUCGUUUUAGAGCCGCGUUCAAGUGUUCUGUGCCGAAAUGUGGCAAUUUCCGGUUUCCAGGGAUGGAGAAGCCCGAAUCCUCGACCGAGGAUGGGAGCAAUGGAGAACUCGAGGACAGGGAUCCGAACAGUUUGAACAAACAUCUGCAGGUGAUGUGGGAUGACGUGAUCGGUGAACCGGAAGGAAUACGCAGUCCAGAGUGCGCGUGGCGAUUGAGCGGACACUGUUUCCGAUUGUCCAGAAGAUGUUGUUACGUGUUCCUCUCCGUCCUGAUCGCCCCUUUUCUCUCUCUCUGCCUAGGCCUCACCUUCGCCUGCCUCGCGUUUCAGCAUAUUUGGUGUUUGGCACCGUGUCUCCGCGUUUGGAAGAUCACUUGUGCCGCGACGAGGAAUUUCCUUAGCGUUGUCACGCAAGCCAUCGUACGUCCCAUCAUGGAGUCCCUUGGCUAUCUGUUUCACAACAUUCGGAUAUUCAACAAGAAAUUGCCCGAUGGUCCUGCGGAGAAAGACGAUAUCCUCGUGGUGUAAAAUCGAUAAAGUUUUAUCAAGUGCCUUUCGAAUCGAUCGAUAAUGAUCACCAUGAAA